AUGGAACUUACAACAGUUCCAGUCAUAUCCACCAAGAAACGAAGAAAGUUAAAACCACAGGAUCGUAAGAAGACGUUGUUUAGCUGUGAUCAUUGUAAGCUCAAGAAGGUUGCUUGUCGUAAAAAGAAUCCCACUGAUGACAAAUGUAUAAAAUGCACCACAGCAGGAAUCAGCUGUGAAACAACAAUUCAAAGAAAAAGGAGGUCUCAUGGUCCGUUGGAAAAUAUAGGGUUACAUUAUAAGUGUCUAUAUCUGCUCGUUAAGAAACUUUGCCCCAACAUUGAUAUCAAUGAUAUUGAUUCAUUAAUCGAAUAUGGGGUAUCAAUGAAUAUAACUAUGCCUUCUCCCUAUGGGGAAUCUGCUAAAGAUCAUGAUGAAAGUAUGGAUCUAGCAUUCAGAAUCACUAGUCAAAAGAGGAGAUAUAAACCUACAACAGAAAAGGAUUCCGAAUCUCCACAAAAUGAAGAUAUUGAGACGUCUGAUGUGUCACAAUUUAUACCUAAAAUGACCAAUCCCGAUGUCUUGCCUCUAGAACACAUGAUAGAUCCUUUUUCCAUUAUUAAUUUUUCUGAUUUUCCCGUCAACACUCCUGAUGUUCUACCUAAACAUAAAUUUCGCCAACCGGAUUGUAUUGUUAUCGAUAAAGGAGGUAAUAUUCAUUAUGUGGGGAGAUUUGGUGGAGCUGGUUGUUUGGAGACUUGUAUUAAUAUUAUGAUUAACCAAUCAUCUAAUUUCAAUCUAUGGUCUGAUUAUAGUCAUGUUUAUAAUAGUGAAAUUGUGAUGAAUUCCCAAAUCGAGAAUAUCAAUUUUAAGUCAAUUGACUUUCAAAAAUUCCCGUUGAUCAACAAGAUUCCAAAACUGGAGAUGGACUUCUACUUGGACCGUUUCUUUGCCCGAAUUCACCCAAGAAAUUAUUGUUUCAACGAAUCUAAGCUCCGGUCUAAUUAUCAGACUCUUUGGAAUAUAUACGAAACAGGUGAGGGAGAUCUUGGUAAAGAACAAGUAUGUUGCAUAUAUAUGAUAACAAUACUAGGUUGGCUUCACCAAUCGAAAGAUGAUGACCUGGAAGACAAAAAUCAUAAAUUGACAGAGCUGAUAGUCAAUGAAUAUAUUCAAAUCAUUAGACUAUGUUUGAAUGAUAUGAUUUUACGUCCGUCAUUAGAUGGCAUUAGAUGUUUGUUGCUAUUGUCAUGUUACAUGGACAGUACCAAACUACGGGAAAGUGGGUACUGUUUAAUACAGUUGGCUUCUAGGCAAGCCAUUUGUAUGGGGUUAAAUCGCCCAUCAGUUCAUAACAGUUUACCUGACGAAACAUUUGUUGAAGAAUUAAGGUUGACCUGGUUAUUGAUACUCAAACAUGAAAUCAGUAUCAGUAUUCAGGUUGGGAGAUCUUCAUGUUUAUUCUUUGAAGAUAUCAAUGUGGAUAACCCCAAACAAAACUUUACUGAUCCUGAGUUUUAUGAUUACUUGGUAGAAUUUUAUAAACUAUGUAAGAUAUCAAUGGAAGGUUUGAAAUACAUGAGAAGCUUGAAGAGUAGUAUAUUGGACGAAUCCAAUAUCAAACAAUCAGAAGAAGUGUUGGAAAAAUUCGAUAGUUGGUACAAAUCCACACCAAUAAGCCUAAAGAUUCAACAGAGCUCAGAUAGCCAACGUUACGUACCUCAAAGUGAAAUCAAAGACUUCAAAUUGGACAUAUUAUUCAAGUAUCAUUAUUUUGUUAUUUCUUUCACUUUGCCUUAUCUUUUAUAUUACUUGAAUGAGCCCAACUACCCCAUUGAAAGGAUUCAAGUUCUUGUUGAAAAGUGUAUCUCAUCUUCGAUUGAUAUUUCAAAAUUGAUCUUGAUUAGCUAUCAGCAUAAAUUAUUCAACGGUACAUUAUUUCAAGAUUACUUCUAUACCUAUUACGCGUCCAUGGGUUUAGUAAUGGGACAUAUCAUUGCUCAUAGAUCUGAGAUCACCAUAUCCAAAGAAGAUAUAAUGAGAUCAAUCAGUAUCAUCAAAUCAAUCAACAACAAAGUUUUCGGUAAAUUGAGUGGUACCUUAGUAAAGAUAAGUAGAUUUAUUUCCGUAUUGUUUAGUGGAUUGAACAUUUUAUCUUUUGUUACAAACAAUGUUUAUAACCAUUCCAAUCACCCCAUUAUUCAUAUGGCUAAUGUGGAGCAAGCUGAUUUCGAGUAUAAACCCACUGAUGAUGAUCAAUUCUUAAGAGAGAUUCUUGAUGGGUCAUUCUUAAACUCCAUAAGUUAG